AUGGCGGCGGAGCCGAGCAAGACCGAAAUCCAGACUCUUUUUAAGAGGCUUCGCGCGAUUCCAACCAACAAGGCCUGCUUCGACUGCGGCGCCAAGAACCCGAGUUGGGCCAGCAUCACGUAUGGUGUCUUCUUAUGCAUCGAUUGCUCCGGGGUUCACCGCUCACUGGGCGUUCAUCUCAGCUUCAUCAGGUCCACAGAGUUGGAUUCCAACUGGAACUGGUUCCAGCUAAGGUGUAUGCAGGUCGGCGGGAAUGCCAAUGCGACGGCUUUCUUCCGCCAGCAUGGAUGCACAGUCAACGAUGCCAACACCAAGUAUAACAGCCGAGCCGCCCAGAUGUACCGGGAGAAGAUCCGGCAGAUGGGCAGUGCCGCCCUGGCCAGGCAUGGCACUGAUCCCCCAGCCUGGGAUGCACAAGCCUCUGAGCCCUCAGAGCCCCAGCAGCCAGUCCCGCCUGCAGAGAGCAGUAGCCUAGCAGCCCCAGAACUCGGCCCCAACACAGACCUGCUGGCCACCUCACCCAAAGCCUCUCUGGAACCGAAGACCGCCAUCAUUGGCAAGAGGAAACCAGCAGCAGCUAAGAAAGGGCUGGGCGCCAAGAAAGGCCUCGGGGCCCAGAAGGUGAGCAGCCAGAGCUUCAGUGAGAUUGAGCGGCAGGCCCAGGUGGCGGAGAAGCUCCGGGAGCAGCAAGCAGCUGAUGCCAAGAAGCAGGCUGAGGAGUCCAUGGUUGCCUCCAUGCGUCUUGCCUACCAGGAACUCCAGCUGGAUCGUAAGAAGGAGGAGAAGAAGCUCCAGAAUCUGGAAGGGAAGAAGCGAGAGCAGGCUGAGAGGCUGGGCAUGGGUCUGGUUUCCCGAAGCUCUGUCUCCCACUCCGUGCUGUCUGAGAUGCAGGUGAUUGAGCAGGAAACGCCAGUGAGUGCAAAAUCCUCUCGCUCGCAGCUGGAUUUAUUUGAAGAUGUUGGUACUUUUGCCUCUGGACCUCCCAAGUACAAGGACAACCCUUUCUCCUUGGGGGACAGUUUUGGUUCCCGCUGGGACACAGACACUACCUGGGGAAUGGACAGGGUGGAGGAGAAGGAGCCAGAAGUGACCAUCUCAAGUAUCCGGCCUGUUUCAGAAAGAGUCACAAACCGGAGGGAUGUGGAGAGCCGGAACACAGGCCCUGAGUCCAGUGAAGCACGCCAGAAAUUUGCAGGAGCCAAAGCCAUUUCAUCUGACAUGUUCUUUGGGCGGGAGAUGGAUUCUGAGUAUGAAGCCAGGUCUCGGCUCCAGCAGCUCUCAGGCAGCAGUGCCAUCAGCUCUUCAGACCUCUUUGGGGAGGUGGAUGGAGCCCAUGGAGCAGGUAGUGUAUCUCUGGGGAAUGUGCUUCCUACGGCUGACAUCGCCCAGUUUAAACAGGGUGUCAAGUCUGUGGCUGGGAAGAUGGCUGUUCUGGCCAACGGUGUGAUGAAUUCUUUGCAGGAUCGCUACGGUUCCUACUGAUGGAAGCUCCGUGGCUCAGGCAUAUGGUGGUGACAGCAAGAACCCCGUGAUUCCCAGGCCAGGGAAGCUUGCCUUGCGGAAGCUGGGAGGAUUUGUUACUU